CUACAAACGAGUCUACCUGUAAUUUUUGCCUACCCACUGUAGCCUCAUCCUGGCCCUAGCCUCUCUGGGGCUAGGAUGCGUCUGGUUUCUGUAGGCUUGGCGCCUCACGCGUAUUGGCCCGAUGGGGGAAGAUACUGGCUUUCUCGCCUCGCUUGGCCUGCCUCAUAGACUAUGUGUGCUUGGUGUGCCAAUGACGAUGGGCUGCUGUUCGUGUAAGUACGUAGAGACGAGGCGGGUAUUUCGGCUGGCAAGUUUGGCCUGGACCAAAUAUAUAAAGGCGUGUAAGCCCCGAGCUGGAAGGCAGAAUCUUAGAUAUAUCCAACAAAGACAUCAAAAAGAAAUACCUUAUAUAACCGCAACCAUGAUGCAAUCUUCUCUUCUCGCUCUCAUUUCCGCCGCCACCGUUAAUGGCCUGGCUGUUCGAAAUGGCUGCCAAUUCCACCUCUCUGCCAAUGGCGAUGUCAUGGGCACUGUUGGUGAGAUCAGCUCCGGCCAAGUUCGUGCCGGCAGCGGCGUCUCGGCCACUACCUUUACCAUCAACGAUGGCAAGAUCACAGACGACCAGGGCCGCGGCUGCUGGUGGACUCCUCCCACACACGUUCUCCAGUGCGAUGUGGGCCAGGUCCCUGAUGAUGGCUUUGGCUUUGGCUGUGACGGCACUGUCUCGUACAAGGGCCAGACCGAGUUCUACGAGUGUGCUACUGGUGAGACCAACCAGUUCAACGUCUACUUGACCCCCAACCAGGGUGCCAACUGCGGCAAGAUCACCAUGAAGUCUGACGGAUGCCAUGGCGACUGCCAGCCUCCCCCUCCUCCUGCUACAUGCCCUACCAAUCUCAACGGCCCAUAUGAGUUCCCUCACCUGAUCAUCCCCGUCGACAAGUCGCACCCUGAUAACGCUGCUGGCACACAGUACUUCGGCACUGUUUCCAAGGAUGUCUCGUCCAUUUUCAACUUCGACAUCCCCGCCGGUGAUGCUGGUAAGAAGUGCAGCUUGGUCUUCCUGUUCCCCAAGAAGAGUGAUCUCCAGACCUCCGACUACACUUUCAACGGCGAUGGCAAGCUCGACUUCGCCAAGCUCAAGGAUGCUGCUACCCAGGGCACCACCUUCAACAACCAGCCCGGCAAGGAGACCGACUACGGUGUCGUGACCGUCUCUCCUGGCAAUGGCUAUAACAUUGCCACCUUUGACUGCCCUGCUGGCCAGCGUAUUGCUUUCGAGAUCUCGGCUGCUGGCGAUACCUACCUCAACUUCUUCCAGGACUACAACCCCUCUCCUCUUGGUCUUUACAUCACCAAGUGCUAAGUGAACUUGUGCUUCGGAAAGAUUCUCAAGACUGAAUUCGUUUGAUGAUUGAAUGACGAUACCAUUAUCUACUACCAUUAUUAUUAAUGUAUUUCUUCGG